AUGUUCAUUCGAUUUCUCUUUUUCUCUCUAUCUGUCUUUUCUCUCUCUCUUUCUUUCUCUUUGACUUUAUCUCUUAUGUUCAUUCUAUCUUUCUUCCUACUUUUCUUUAUUUAUUUGAGCAUUCUAUUUCACCUUUUCCCUGUCUAUUUCUCUUUCACUCUCUCACUCUUUCUUUCUCUCACUCUUUCUUUCUCUCACUCUUUCUUUCUCUCUUUUUUCUCUUUUACGUUCAUUCUGUUCCUCUUUUUCUCUUGGCCUUUUUUUAAUUUUAGCUUUUUAAAUUCAUACUUUUUAUCUUUCUAUCUUGUUUUCUUCUCUUCUACUCCAACUCUCUUAUUUUCUGUUACGUACUGUUUACGUACACUUUUCUUGACACGCUUUCUUUUCCGUCUUCUUUCCAUCCUACUCUCUCUCUCUCUCUCUCUCUUUUUCUCUCUUUCUAUAUAUCUCUUUCUCUCUCUCUCUCUCUUUCUCUGCAAGUUUGAUGUUUUAUCACUAUGUUUUAGUUUUCGCAUUUUCCUUCUUCUCUUAUCUAUCUAUCUAUCUAUCUAUCUAUCUUCUCGUUCUCUCCCAUUUUCUGUUCCACAAACCUUUCCCUUUAUUUUACUUAGGAUGCUUUGUCUUUUCCUUUCUUUCCAUCCUCCUAUUUCUAUUUCUCUUCCUCUCUCACUUUUAUUCUCUUUCUUACUCUCUCUCUCUCUCGCUCUCUCUCUCCCUCUCUCUUUCUUCCUUUCUAUACAAUUUUCAUUUUAUCCUGACGAGGUUUCUCCUCUUAUUCCAGUGUCUAUAUUUUUAUUUUCGUAUACUUUUACCAGAUCAUUCAUUCUCUCUCUAUCUAUGUAUCUGUCUCUCCCCCACUCUCUCUAUCUCAUUCUUUUUUCUCUAGUUGCCCUUCAUUUUCAAUGUCUAUUUAUAUAUGUUUGUUUUUUCGACCAUUAUCCAAAGUGUCCCAUGUUGUUUUCUCAAAAAUUAUCAUUUCCUCGUUGCAUUUCGUCUCUUUCUCUCUCACUCACUCACUCUCAUUCUCUCUCACUCUCUAUCUCUCUCCCCCCUCUCUCUCUCUCUCUGUCUCUCUCUCUCUCUCUAGGUAUGUCCCCUGAAAAUUCUUCCUCCUCUAUUUCCUCUUCCUACUUCACUUUUCAUAUUUUCCUCUUUCUUAUUUUUCUAUAUCUGUUCUGCUUUCCUAUCUUUUACUACACUUUCAUCGACCUUCUUCUUCUUCUUCUUCUUCUUCUUCUUCUUCUUCUUCUUCUUCUUCUUCUUCUUCUUCGUCGUCGUCGUCGUCGUCGUCGUCCAUUUUUCUUUCUCUCAUUUUUAUUCUCCUCCUCUCUCAUAUAA